UACACAGAUUGACAUCUUUGAAAACAGAAGUGAGAUUUCGAGAGUUCUUGGUUCUGAUAUGGCCAAUGAAUCAUCCUAUGAUGUCCUCCAUGGUGUCGGGAACGAACAUGAGAUCUUACAGCUAUUAGAUGCAGCUUAUGGUGAAGAAUUGCAGUUUCAGGAGGGCCUCCAAAUGUCUAUGAUCCCUUCUCAGAUGAAAGGAGAUGAUCCCUUGUCCCCAUCGUCAUUAAUGCCAUCCCAACUGACAACUCCAGCCUUGACUGUAAAAGAAGGCGAAUUAUCUUCAGAGAGUUCAGAAGAUAAUAGAGUUGUUCAAGAUGAAGAUGUCGACGGUGAUGAUGGUGCAUUUGCUGAUACUGAUGAACAUGAUUCUGCUUCGAUUCCAGAAAGCCAUGAGACGGGCAAGAAUAACAAAUUGUUUAAGAACUUCUUCGAGGAGGAGAUAAAUAAAUGCCAGUGGCACUGUCCGGCUUGCCAAGGGGGUCCUGGGGCUGUCAAGAAGUUCCAGAGACUCCAGGACCUGAUUACUCAUGCCAAAACAGAAGGAGCUAGAAGGGUGAAGCUACACCGGGAGUUUGCAAAACUUUUAGAAGCAGAGGUGAAGAGAAAGCGCCCAUUAGUUACUCCUGCAGCUGCGGUCAAAGUAGUUCGUAAAUGGAAAGGUUUAAAAGAGGAAAAGGAUGAUCACCAAAUAGUUUGGCCUCCCAUGGUUGUCAUUAGAAACACAAGCAUUCCUACUGAUAAUAAGUGGAUUGGCAUGAGAAAUUUAGAGCUCCUUCAGCAGUUCAGCUCAUAUGAAGCCAUUAAGGCUCGUCACUUCUAUGGUCCCCAAGGUCACCUUGGUAUAAGCCUCUUGAUCUUUGAGAAGUCAGCAGCAGGUUAUACAGAGGCAGAGCGUCUGCAUAAGAGCUUUUCCAUGCAAGGAAUAGGAAGAGAUGCUUGGAAUUCUUGUCCAGCUGCAGCAACAAUACAAGGUGGAGCGCGUCAGCUUUAUGCAGCUGUGUUGAUGUAGUGAUAAACAAUUUCUUCAGUAGAGAUUGUGGAAUUUCAGUUCUAUUUUAUAGUUAAUUAGGUAUAUUUGAAAAUGUUAAGUUACUAUCAUAAAGCCUUUGACUGUUUCCUGUUCUGUUAGGCUUGUGGUUUUGUUGCUCUGUCCCUUUUACACUAAAUAAAUAAAUAUUUUCUUU